AGAAAAUAAGAUAAUUUGAAUUUUUUUCAUAAAGAAGCGCAUCAAUUUAGCGCACUAAAAAUCCAAUAACCAAUAAAUUCUUUUAAAAUCGACAUAGGAUCUCUUUAACUAUAUCCCCCUCGGUUUAAGAGAUCCUCGACACAAUCAGAACAUGGAAAAGUGCCCUGUUGAUUUCUACAUUGCGGCGCGGAAUUCAAUCAGGACUGUCAAAAGGUCAACUGUCGUGUGCGCUUCUCUGCGUGAUGACUCAUUAAUGAAGACCAGUAAACUUUCUCCUCUUGAUGAAGUCAUACCUGUUUCGCCUCUAAAUCUGACGUUUCUCUACGACUACGUCGUAAGUUCUGAGAAGUUAGAAGCUGCACUUGUUCAUACUCUAAACAGAUAUCCAGAAAUGACGGGAAGACUCGACAAGGAGAGCAAAAGUGUGCGAUUGACAAACGAAGGAGCUCUCGUAAAUUAUUUGGACGAAUCAAAAAUAUCGAUCGACGAACUCAAAUCAGCGUCUUUCAAUUACGAUCUAUGCUGCACUCACUUUCUGCAUGAUAACCUAAUGAUUCCUCAUGAGUUGUUGAUGGUUCUGAAUGUCCAGGAACUGGCAGGUGGAUCUGGAAUGAUGAUGAACAUAGGGCUGCCUCACAGUUUGUGUGACAUCAGCUCGUAUGUAAUGCUAGUGUCCGAUUUCUGUUCACAAGUCCGAGAGAACGCUUACAAAUUGGAUCAGGUUGUACAGUGUGAACGGACUGCCUACAUAAAACCAUCAAACGAUGUCCAGAAUGCAACCCAAAUUCACCCUGAAAUUGUUCAUUUCGGCUCUGAGGAGGAGUUCAACUCUGUACUAAUGGCAUACGUUCAUGGAAUUCUCGAACAUCCGCCAUGUACAGUGACUCUGGCUCUCUCUUCUGGCAAUUUGGAUCUUCUAAGAAACGAUGUUCUUUCCGGAGCGUCGCCUGGUAGCAGCAAAGAUCCGUUGCCGUCGGAAAUUGAUUGCUUGAUUAGUGUAAUUCAUCGAGCAUACAUCGGUACCAGAGAAACUGAUAAAACGAUGAAGGCAGACGAAAACAACUCAGAUUACCCCUGCAUGAUUUUCCAAGACGUUCGCGCUGUUUUAAAACCCGAAGUACCCGCAAACUAUUUCGGUAACGCGAACUUAGUCGCCCAAGUUGACGAUGAAAAAGAUACUUCUAAUUCUUUCAAUUUAGCUGAAAGAAUAGCACAUAAAGUUGGUGAUAUUCACCGAGAUUUCUGCCAAUCGAGAAUCGACGCAAUUAGUAAGAACAGUUUGUCACAGUUCAAAGCAAUGUGGGACUCGAACUCGAUGCGAUUUGUAAAAUGGUCAAUGUUUCGGGAUCUCGGCGACAAAGCGGAUCUGGGGGGCGGGAGUCCUCUUAAGUGGGGUUGGUUCACCCACUCGCAUGAUCGAUUCUGUUUCAUACUUCCUUCAUGCGCAAGUGUUGGAGAUUUUGAACUGAACAUUUCACUGCCUAAAGAACAUCUGGAUGAAUUUUUGCAGCACGAAGUAACCCAGAAGUAUUUCAGAGAGAUAUAAACGUGGAAAAAAACAAUCCAGGAUUAUGAUCUAGAUAAUAUGAUAUAGGUUAUAGCUUGCGGAUCAUUAAUUAUAUAAUUUGUGGAAAAAUAAUUAAUCACUGAAAUUUAUCCUUCAAAUCGAGCAUUAAAAUUUCCCAAAAAUAGUGCAUUUCAAUUUUAUC